AUGAUUCCUUCUGGUCUCCAGUCCUGCGUCUGUGACACCAGAUUACCACCUAGUGGCCAUAAGAGGAACUGUCCUGUCAACUCUGUGCGUCUUGUGGAUGGAGCUGGUCUCUGCUCUGGGAGAGUGGAGGUGAAGUCCAAUCAGUCCUGGGCCUCAGUGUGUGAAGCUGACUUUGACCAGCAGGAUGCAGAGGUAGUCUGUAGGGAUCUUGGCUGUGGGGCUCUUGCAGCUCUACAGGGGGGGCUCUAUGGAGAAGGUGAGGGUCAGACCUGGGAUAAAGAGUUCCAGUGUAAAGGCAAAGAGUCCCUUCUCCUGGACUGUGACACCUCAGACAGAGAGAACAACACCUGCCUACCUGGUAAUGCUGUUGGACUCACCUGCUCAGUAAGAUUACUGUCUCUCUCUUUUCUUUUCUCAGAGCCUGAUGAUGUGAGGCUGGUGGGAGGAGGCAGUCGCUGUGCUGGUGGAGUGGAGUGGUACGACCAGGGAGAGUGGAGGACUGUGGGAGCUGAUGACUGGAACCAGAGGGAUGUAGCUGCAGUAGUGUGUAGACAGCUGGGUUGUGGCUCCACUGUUUCAGGACUACCUGGAAACACCACUGGAGGGACUAGAUUUUCCUGUUCUGGGUCUGAGUCUUCACUGAGGGAGUGUAGAAGAACAUAUGAUCUCCGUCCUGGACUCACAGUGAUCUGCUCAGAUCUCCUGGUCCAGCCUGAUAUCUUCCUGACUGACCCAAUGGGAGGGGUCUCCAGGGGCCACCAGGGGCCCGAGAUGUUCAGGGGCUACAACUUCACCAUCACCUGCUCCACUCAGCCACAGUACCCAGGAAGCUCCUUCCUCCUCACGUUCACCGGCUCCAACAGAACCCAGACCCAGCCAGCUGUCAAUCACUCUGCUGCCUUCCUCUUCCCUGCUGCAGAUGACUCCCACCAAGGGAACUACAGAUGUGUUUAUGAGAAUGAUGUUUUCUCUCACAACUUCUCCUCUGAGAGUGAGCUCCUCUCCCUCACCAUCACAGGUAACUGAACAU